GUUAGAGGUGCACGAACUGGGAUGUCGGAGUGAGCCUUCGCCGUUGCCUCGUCCCAAGCUGUCGACAGGAAUCGUGUCAUCGGAGCUUCCAUWCUGCAUUCUAUGAACGCGACACAAGCCAAACCAAGCAAAACCUAYCUUUUUCACAAUGCCGAACAGCGAAGUCGAAACCAAUGAUUCGAAAGAUAUAGCCCCCGAAGAGGAGGGCAUCGAAACUCCYCAGGAAUCCACCUCGACAGGUGGAGAUUCGUCCUCGGGAGAUGACGACGACACCAGCGAGGUCGAAGACAGCGAUCUCGCGUUCAAAGUCCUCCCGGCGCUUCGGCGCAGCGAGUCGUUCAUCCGCCGGAGAGUCGAGAAACGGCAAUGYCAGGAGAACCUCGUGCAGAGAAAGAAAAACGGAGCCAGCAAACCAGCCAAGACGCARUCGGGCCCCGUCGAUCUCGAUGAGAUCGACGACGAGGAAAAGGCGAUCCGCCGACACAGCAACUACGGAUCCUUCGGGAUCUUGCCGUCGUCCCUGUCCGACGGAGGGAUCUACCGCUCGUACCGGCGCGAACGACUGAUCAAGGAAAUUGAUUCCGCGAAUCAGCGGGGCCGGAAGGGCCAUGAAGACAUUUUAGAGACCCUGCGAAACGCCCGGACCCUCGUGUUCAUCAUCGAUGCCAAGGUUGCCGUCACGAACGACGAGGUGGUCGACGGGAUUCGAAAAGUGGUCGACCACGUGCGCCUGGAUCCGGAGCACCAGGAUCAUCCCAACAACCAGAAAUGCCUAUUGUAUCGGGACUUUGAGGGAAGGCUCUUCAAUCUGGUCUUGCCGAGCGAAUACUCCAGCAUGGAAGGAGCCUGGAGGGGCAAUCUAAAGUCCUUUUCGGUCGUUCAAGCGGCCGCGUUGUUCUCCUUCCUGACACGUUCCCUGUCGUGUGCCUUUGAUUUGGAGACCACCGACAGUUUUCGCCAGGUUUCUCUGAUAGUGAUUCUAGGUCUCGUCUUCAUUGGUGAGUAUGUURUGCUACCGUAURGGCUGCARGCAUCUUUCUGUCUAAAAAAACACWGAAAAGACUUGUAUCGUUUUUGYCUAAYACAAAAGUUUUCUUCUUGACAYUGCACAUUCAAUUAAUUUUCAGAGGAGAUCAGCCUGUCGUGGACCAACGUGGGUCUGUUGGUUCGGGGUUAUCCCUCACUGUCAGCGUUUGCCCUAAGUUCGAACCUGGUUGGCUCGGACUGGCUCCGCAAACUAUUAAUUCUUGUAUUCGUAGUUGCUUCUGCUUCUACGGAUGCCACGUUUCAAAAAGUUUGUACCCUGGGGGGAAUCCUAUUGACGUGCUUAGUACUACUUGCGAAUCUCGGUUCYCAUUCAUGGAAAUAUCUUCACUGGAAGCCCUUCCGGGGUCUUCGCUGGUUUGGGGCAUUGGGUKYCCCGCUGGAUUCUCUACUGGGAUACCUGGCAGCCAUUUUGGCGGGGCUGUGCUUUCCGUUCAUGGGCCACAGCAUCGUCGAAGCGGGAGGAACCGCUGCCAUCGAAUCUGUCAUGCGCAUUGCCGUUAUCGUUGCCGCCUUGUUYAUUCUGAGUGACUUCGACGCAUUUCAAAGGCUCUUAGUAAAAGGGUGUGAGUACAAUGCUAGCUAUCUUCUGUGUUAUUGCUGUGUUAUUGUUUGAGCCCAUUUGCCUUGUUUUCCAAAAUAGAAUGCUUACAACGUUUUAUUUCAUUUUGCUCUGUUGAAUACAGCUGAUGCUUGCAACCAAGACUACGUCUACUUUUUUGUUGGUGGGUGGUGGACACUUUCGUUGGUGGCGUCGCUGACCGUACUGUUUUGUAGAGAGGUCCGCAAGAGCAAGRAAUUUGACCCUUUCAAACGUGACAAUCAGUUUCCCAACGACGAGGAGCCCUUGUUGGAAGAGGAACACAGGUCCCCUAUCGGAUACAAGGUUCCGCAUCUUCCUUUGUUCCCCAUAAAUCCAGACUACACGCACAAAGGGCUAGGAUCCUGCUGUUCUUCCUACCAACUAGGUCUGGAAUAUGUGUUGAGUCUUCUCGUUGCUCUCGGGCUAGGAGGGUUCAUCUGUUACCUUGGUGUGACAAAGCUGGACGACCAAUUUUUGUCAGAUCCGCUUUAAGUUAUGUGUACCCGAUUCUAAAAUGACUAAAGGAUAUCGGAACUG